AUGACCUUGAAAAUCAAAUUCAACCUGCAGAAGCGGGUCAAGCUCGCCCAGGGGUUAUGGCUCCUAAACUGGUUCUGUGUGCUCUCGAGCAUCGUGAUCUUCGGGAUGGGUUUAUUCCUCAAGAUCGAGCUGAAAAAACGGAGCGAAGUGAUGGACAACGCGGAGAGUCAUCUGGUGCCCAACUCGCUCAUCCUUGUCGGAGUCUUUGGCUGCGCCAUCAACUGCUUUGGGGGCAAGUUUUGCUACGAUUCAUUGGAUCCGUCCAAAUUCGCGCGAUGGAAGUCCAUCCUGAAGAUUUACUUGGCCUUCUGUUUGCUCUUCUGUUUCCUGACCUUCGUCACCAUCAUCGUGUGUUUCCUGAUGCGCCUGUGUUUGGACGAGACCCUGUCCGUGGGGCUGAGGAACGGCAUGAAGUUCUACCGCGACACCGACACCCCGGGCAGGUGCUUCAUGAAGAAGACCAUCGAUCAGCUGCAGAUGGAGUUUCGCUGCUGCGGAAACAACGGCUUUCGAGAUUGGUUCGAAAUCCAGUGGAUCAGCAACAGAUACCUGGACUUCAGCUCCAAGGACGUGAAAGAUCGCGUUAAGAGCAAUGUCGAUGGCAAGUUUCUGGUGGAUGACGUCCCGUUCAGCUGCUGUAACCCGGCGUCCCCCCGACCCUGCAUCCAGCAGCACAUCACCAACAACUCCGCACACUUCAGCUACGAGCACCAGACCGAGGAACUCAACCUGUGGACCCGAGGCUGUAAGCAGGCGGUCCUCAACUACUACGCCGGCAUGAUGCAGAGUAUGGGAAUCCUGCUCUUGUUUAUCUGGGUGUUCGAGAUUGGUGUAGUGGCUGGGAUGCGAUAUUUGCACACAGCCCUGGAAAACAUUGAAAACCCGGAAGAUCCCGAGUGUGAGAGUGAGGGCUGGUUACUGGAGAAAGGCUUCAAGGAAACAUUUCAAUCCAUGUUGGAAAGCAUUAAAGCUCUUGGUAAGUUCAACCAGGUAGAUGCAACCGAAGAAAAGCAAGAGGAUGCAACGGGCACUCCCACCGUCGCCACAGUCAGUUGAAG